GCGCGGAUCGAGGAGCUGGAGGAGGAGCUGGAGGCGGAGCGGACGGGCAGGGCCAAGGUGGAGAAGCUGCGCUCGGAGCUGUCGCGGGAGCUGGAGGAGAUCAGCGAGCGGCUGGAGGAGGCGGGCGGCGCCACCUCGGUGCAGCUCGAGCUCAACAAGAAGCGGGAGGCGGAGUUCCAGAAGAUGCGGCGCGACCUGGAGGAGGCCACGCUGCAGCACGAGGCCACGGCCGCCGCGCUGCGCAAGAAGCACGCCGACAGCGUGGCCGAGCUCAGCGAGCAGAUCGACAACCUGCAGCGCGUCAAGCAGAAGCUGGAGAAGGAGAAGAGCGAGCUCAAGCUGGAGCUGGACGACGUCAGCUCCAACAUGGAGCAGCUGAUCAAGGCCAAGGCCAACCUGGAGAAGAUGUGUCGCACCACGGAAGACCAGAUGAACGAGCACCGGACCAAGUCCGAGGAGGCUCAACGUAUGGUCAACGACCUCACCACCCAACGGGCCAAGCUCCAGACGGAGAACGGUGAGCUCUCCAGGCAGCUGGAGGAGAAGGAAGCCUUCAUCAACCAGCUGACGCGAGGGAAACUCACCUACACCCAGCAGCUGGAGGACCUCAAGAGGCAGCUGGAGGAAGAGGCCAAGGCCAAGAACGCGCUGGCCCACGCCCUCCAGUCGGCCCGGCACGACUGCGACCUGCUGCGGGAGCAGUACGAGGAGGAGACGGAGGCCAAGGCCGAGCUCCAGCGCUCGCUCUCCAAGGCCAACUCCGAGGUGGCGCAGUGGAGGACCAAGUACGAGACGGACGCCAUCCAGCGCACCGAGGAGCUGGAGGAGGCCAA